ACAGGAGAGUUCACAUGGAACAAGGAACUCCAAGGUCUACUUCUAGGCUCUUUCUUCUGGGGGUACCUAGUGUUACAGGUGCCGGGAGGGAUGCUGAGCGAGCGCUAUGGACCCAGACGUGUUGUCUUUUAUACCAUGCUGCCAGCGGCUGUCCUGGGUCUGGUGUCUCCAGUGUCUGCCAGACUCAAUCCCUGGCUGUUCCUGGUUGUCAGGGUCCUCAUCGGGGUCGGCGAGAGUGCCCUCUACCCUGCCGCCCAGGCCCUGUUUGCCCGAUGGUCCCCAAAGUCGGAGAGGAGUCGGCUGGUCGGCGUCUCCCUGUCAGGAGGUCAGUUCGGAAAUGCUUUGAUCUUCCCUAUCGGAGGGCUUUUGUGCAGUUCCGUGGGCUGGGAUUCUGUGUUCUACGUCAUGGGCGCCAUUGGGUUUGUCUGGUGCAUUAUCUGGUGGUUUCUGGUUUUCGACAGUCCGGCCUUGUCUACUAGAAUCUCCCCCUUGGAGCGGGAGUACAUACAGCACCAUGUCACUUUCAGAGAUGGACAGAAACAGCAACCAAAACCUUGGGGAGCCAUUUUCUCUUCUCUGCCGUUCUGGGCUAUCCUUCUGGCACACACGUGUGGAAAUUACGGACUCUAUAUGUUGCUGACCCAGAUCCCCACAUACAUGAAAGAAGUUCUCAAAUUUGACCUCAAAUCUAACGGCGCCUUCUCCAUGUUGCCAUACCUGACGAUGUGGUUCUGUAUAAGCUGUGCGGGCACCGUGUCGGAUAUUCUAAUCGUCCGGAAGAUUUUACCUUACCUUUGGGUUCGGAAACUCAUGUCUUCUAUUGGUACGUUUGGACCCGCCAUAUGCCUGAUAGGCGUGACUUUUAUGGACUGUACCCAACAGAUAGCUGCCGUGGUCCUGCUGUGUGGAACUGUGGGCCUUUCCGGUGUAGCCUUCGCAGGCUAUAUAAAAUUUAAAAUUUUCUUUCGAAUGAUGGGAACUAUGAGAGAGAAAAAAAAAUAA